AUGAAGCUGUCGUUAGAGGUACCAGGAGCGCUCUCCCCAGAGGAAUGCGCGGAGUUCAUUGCGCAAGGAGAGCGCGUGGGGUUCCAGUGGCAGGGCAGCGGUGGUCCGGCUAAGGGCGAGGCGUAUCGAGACAACCACCGGGUAUCCGUUGAAGAUAACGAGCUGGCUGCACACCUGUGGGACCGACUAGCCCCGGUGCUACAGCCGCUACAAGCUGGUAACCGCAAGGCGGUGCGACUGAACCCCAACAUGCGCGUGUACCGCUACAGCCGGGGCCAGCAGUUCGGGGCACACAUAGAUGAGAGCGUGACUGUAGCAGGGAGGGGAAGGACGGAGUAUACACUCUUGGUUUACCUCUCUGGUGCUCCUUCCACUUGGGAGGGGCGGGGGGAGGAGGAGGGAGAGGGGUAUGGGGAGGGAGGGGAGGAGGUGGGGGAAGGUGAGGUUGGGGCGGAGGGAGAUGGGGAGGAAAGUGGUGAGAGGGACGGAGAGGGGACGGCUGGGGAGGGAGUGAGGGAGGGAGAUGGAGGGGAGGGGCGGCGGAGGAGAGAGAAGGAAGCAGCAGGAGGUAGAGGGAAGGGUGGAGUCGGGAAGCAGCAACACCAGCAUCAGGAACAAUUGGUGGGAGGAGAGACGGUAUUCUAUGUGGGGGCACGGUCACAGAAGAGCUUUGAGCCCCGGGAGGUGAAGGCAGAGAUCAAGACAUUGUUCAUGCCCCUUUCAUCUAUCUCUAUUCCUCGCUCUCCCUUUGUUCAUACCCCUUUCAUCUACCUCUAUUCCUCCCUCUCCCUUACCACUCUUUCCUCAGGUGAGUCCGGAGGUUGGAAUGGCAUUGCUACACCGGCAUGGGGCCAGAUGCUUGCUUCAUGA